AUGGCCGCAGAAAAACGAGGCUUCCCGACGGUGGAAGAGACCAUGAAGCACCCUUCCUAUCCCUCAGUGAUAUGGAACCUCGAGCCCGACCGCAAGGGAAAGCUCCCCGUCGCCCAAGGUCGCGGCGGGCCCUUCAACAUUGCCUGGGAGAUCCAUGGCCACGGCCCCGUAAAGAUCAUUUUCGUCAUGGGUCUCGCCGGUCUCAAGACCUCGUGGCAGCGCCAGACAAAGUACUUUGGCCACGACCACGCCUCCCGCUACUCCGUCCUCGUCUACGACAACCGAGGCAUGGGCGAGUCCGACGUGCCCUACUGCCGGUACACGACGUCGGCCAUGGCCCGCGACGCCCUCGAGGUCCUCGCCCACGUCGGCUGGGACGCGGCCCCGCGCGGCGUCCACCUCGUCGGCAUCUCCAUGGGCGGCAUGAUCUCCCAGGAGAUCGCCUUCGCCGCGCCCGCCCUCUUCGCCUCCGUCAACCUGCUCUGCACGGCGCCCUGGUUCGAGAGCACCAAGCCGAUGCUCGAGAACCUGCGCGACCGCGCCUCCAUGCUCAUCCCCAAGGGCGUCGAGCGCAGCAUCGCCGACACCGCCCUCAGGCUCUUCCCCGCCGACUGGCUCGCCAUGCCCGACGAGGCCGCCGAGCUGCCCGGCGACGCCACCCCGCGCUGCGCCAGAUAUGCUAGCACCGAUCACUGCGUAACCCCACAAAGCUUUCUCGGCCUGGGAUAA